AUGGCCUCUCCAGCAACAGCAACAACUACAGCAGUGAAGGGUCUCGUGACCUGGCACUGGAACUGUAACGGUUUCGCUAGCAAGAAGGCAGUCUUGCAGCAACACAUAACACAAGUAGCAAGCAAGCUUGAUAUAAUCAUGAUACAAGAGACUCGCACUGAUGCAGUGUCGCGACCCGGUUAUCGGGUAUACGCCAAGUCUCCAAAGGUCAGCGGCGGUAGAGGGAUAUCCACAUUGGUUCGCAAGGGACUCACCUUCAUUGAGCACGAGUUGCACAAUAGUAAAAUUGAAUACAUUCUCAUCGAGGUCAUUACGGGCAAGAAACAAAAGAACAGCACCUUUCUGCUUAACGUCUACAGUAGCCCUUCACACUGGAAGCAAAAAUUCAAGACGCUCCUUCACAAAGCCAGCACCGUGGCGGGGACUCACAGGCUCGUCGCCUGCGGGGACUUCAACGCGGCACACCCGGCAUGGGGAUAUAACAAGCAAUUGGCCAAGGGGCGAGACCUGUUCCAAGACACAUUAGACCUGGGCUUCACCCUCAUCACAGACCCGACUGAUCCUACAAGGAUUGGGAACUCUGUGUCCAGGGAUACGACGUCGGACCUCACGUUCGUGAAGAACGACGAGAAGGGGAAUAUCUCCUGA